AUGGUAACACAGUUUCAUGAUAUUAUGCAUAAGGAGUUAGAAGUCUAUGUUGAUGACAUGAUUGCGAAAUCUAAAACAGAAGAGGAACAUAUGCAGGUCCUUAAGAAAUUAUUUAUGAGGUUGAGAAAAUUUCAGCUAAAGUUAAAUUCAGCAAAAUGCACAUUUAGGGUCAGAUCAGGAAAAUUGCUUGAGUUUGUGGUCAGUGAGAGAGGAAUCGAGAUUGAUCCUGACAAAGUAAGAGUAAUACAAGAAUUACCUCCGCCGCGUACUCAAAAAGAGGUUCGAGUUUAUGUGAACCAGAAGGCAGCCAAAGGGAGUGCAAUAGCGGACUUCCUGGAAAGUAGAGCUCUAGAAGAUUAUGAGCCAUUGAACUUCGAUUUCCCAAAUGAAGAUUUGAUGUAUGUUGCAACUACAGAAAAAGAUUUUCAAGAAGGUGGUCCUUGGAAGUUGAAUUUUGAUGGAGCUUCAAAUUCUAUAGCUUGCAUUAUGGGCAUCCGAGCAGCCAUAGAGCGGAAAAUUAAGGUGCUAGAGAUAUACGGGGACUCUGCAUUAGUAAUUUACCAGCUCAAAGGAGAAUGGGAAACAAGAGACCCCAAGUUAGUCCGCUAUCGAAAAUUGGUUAUGGAAUUGAUAGAGGAAUUUGAUAGUGUCACCUUUAGUUAUCUCCCACGAGAUGAGAACCAGAUGGCAGAUGUUUUGGCUACCCUAGCUUCUAUGUUCAAAGUGAACAAGCUAGAGGAUAUGAAGCCUAUCCAGAUCAGCAUUUAUGAGGCUCCAGCCCAUUGUUGCAACAUUGACAAUGAAGGAGAAAAGGAUGAUCACCCCUGGUACCAUGACAUAUUGCGAUAUGUGAAGAGUCAUGAGUACCCUGACCAUGCGACGAAAAAUGAUAAGAAGACAUUGAGGAGAUUAACCAUUGAUUAUGUCCUAGAUGGUGAUAUCUUGUAUAAAAGAGGAAAAGAUCAAGUAUUGUUGAGAUGUGUGGACGCUGUCGAAGCUAAGAAAAUUUUGGAAGAAGUGCAUGAAGCGGAAGUUUGUAGUCAGUUCAAGAUCAGACACCACAAUUCGUCACCGUACCGUCCAAAAAUGAAUGGUGCCGUGGAAGCAGCUAACAAAAAUAUCAAGAAAUUUGUAGGGAAAAUGACUGAAACCUACAAAGACUGGCACGAGAAACUACCUUUUGCCCUUCUGGCAUAUCGUACCUCUGUUAGGACCUCUAUGGGGGCAACGCCGUUUUCUUUAGCCUAUGGGAUGGAGGCAGUUUUACCCAUAGAAGUUGAAAUUCCUUCUCUCUGA